UCAAGUGUCAAGUUGGCACCCCUAUGUUACGAUUUAAUUUACGAUACCAUCGUCUCUAUCCUGAUAUUCCUGACACAAAUAUGGAUUAUUUCUCGUUUAUACAGUGCAUUGUUUAUCCGUCAAUCAUUAUCACUUAUCGCACAUAUUUUUUCUGAUUUCUCCGGGCAGAUGAAUAUCUUAAUUCGAUAAACAAUCAUGUCAUUGGACCAGACAGUCUGUGAAGACCUGAAAGCUUUCGAAAGGCGACUCACCGAAGUUAUUGCUAGUCUACAACCAGCCACCACACGAUGGAGAAUGCUGUUGGGUUUAAUCUCCAUCUGCACCGCUAUCGGUGCUUGGCAUUGGCUGACAGAUCCCAAUACAUCAGCAGUAUCCUUUACGCAGAGUUUAUGCAAUCAUCCAUUCUUUACAAUGGCUAGUAUAAUAUUAGUGAUAUUAUUUAUGAUGGGAGUGCAUAGAAGAGUGAUAGCGCCCAGUAUUAUAACUCAACGAGCCAGAAGCGUGCUUGGUGAUUUUAAUAUGAGUUGUGACGAUACUGGAAAAUUGAUUUUGAAGCCCACUAGAUCUCCACAUCCUCAUGAGACUUAAAAAAUGUUUAUUCCUAUAAAUAAAAAUAAAUAUUAAUGUAAAAUAUAUGUAUGUAUAUAUAUUGUAAUUUUUUUUAUAUUAUGAGAUAUAUUAAAAUUAUGACA